CAAUAAUGAUAGUUGUUGUUGAAGUAUCUUUGUGAAGUAGUUCACAAACAAUACAUUACUAAAAUAAAUCUCCCAAGAACAGAAAGACAGAGUUCCCUGAUUGUAAUUGGUUAUGGCAUCUGAGAGUGUGGUUUCUUCAUCAUCAUUCUCAUCACUUCCUCCAAGUAUAUUCUUCUCUGCCGAAGAUCACAUUCCAAAUUACGACUCUGGAUUUCAAACCGCUCCUUCUUCUCCGCCGCCAGAGCCGGCGAUGCCUCCUCCUCCCACCAGUUCUACUUUUUCGACUGAUGUUUCACUCCAAAGUGGACCUUUAACUCAAAUAUCUUCUCCUCUUUCGUCCCAGACUACCAAACCCUUUCCUCCUCUUCCUGCUGUACUAGAUGAAAGAGAUGCUAUGCCGAGCCACCAUUUGCUCAAAAUUAAGUCCUUUUCCACACUUUCUAAAUUGCCCAUAGAGAAAUUCAGUAAUGAUUUUGAAGCUGGGGGCUACAAAUGGAACUUUUCUAUAUACCCAAAUGGGGACAAGAGCAAAGAUGGGGAAGACUAUAUAUCUGUCUACUUGGAAAUAGUGGAAACAAGUAUUCUCCCAGCUGGUUGGGAAGUUAAUGCUAUCUUUAAUUUCUUUCUGUUCAAUCAAAUUCGUGACAAGUAUGUUGGUCCCCAAGGACAAUAUAUGAUAAUGGUGACCAAGUUCAAGUUUACUGAAUUACUAUGUUCACAAAGUCUUUCCUGUUGGCUCUUGAGUUAUUGCAGAUGCUAUAGUAAGGCGAUUCCAUUGUAUGAAGAAACAAUGGGGCAUUGUCAAAUUCAUCGAUCUCGAAAUGUUUAACAAUCCCUGCAAUGGUUACCUUGUCAAUGACACAUGUAGUUUUGGCGUUUAAGUUUUCACUGUCAAAACUAGAUCAAAAGCAGACUGUUUAUCAUUGUUAUGUAUUCCGGUGACUCGCCAGACCGGUUGGAGUUUUCCAAAUGUUUCAAAAGUAACAGGCAGAGGUAUUCAAACUGAGUUAUUUCCUGGUGGAGACUACAAGUGGAGGCUUUUGUUCUAUCCAAACGGAUACCAAUUAGAAGGCAAUAAAAUCAACAACAUUGUUUCGCUACUCCUUAUUGUGGACACUUCAACUCUUCCUGCUAACACUAAAGUACUUGUACAUUACACUUUUCGAAUGAGUGACAAAAGAAAUGGAAACCAUUUUGAACGUAGUGAUAUGAAACUGUUCGAUUCUUCUGCUCGGGGUUUCCGUGAGUUCAUGACACAAACUAAAUUCAAAGAUCCAGAAAAUGGUUUUCUGGUGGGUGACGCUUGCGAUAUACAAGUAGAACUUAAAGUGCUUGGUUUAGUUAAACUCGAAUAGUCAAGAAUGGUCAAUGUUGCUUGGUCUUAAUUUGGUUUAGUAUUUAAAUUCUCAAACAUUUUAAAUCGGUAUCACCUAGUUUCCAAAAAUCGUUUUGUUCAAUUUUUAUGUUUUUUUUUCAAGUAAUGAGAAGUAUUUAGGACA